GAGGACGACGACGCCAGCGCUUUCAACGCAAAGCGCACCGACAUUCCUACCGCAAUCAUGGCGCCAUCUUUCGAGAACCUCGAUCCGGAGACGGAGUACGAGGUAGACGACGAUGAGAUUGACUUCUCCGACCUGAUCGAGAAGUUCGACACAGUAAUGGAGGAAGGCCUCGACACCUUCAUCGUGAUCGACGGUCUGCCCAAGGUGCCCGAGGCCAGCAGGGACAAGUUGGUGAAGUUCUUGUUGCGCAGCUUGACCAAGCAUGGCAAGACGAAGGAGGAGAACGUCUUCAUGCCCAUCAGCGGCGAGACGGGCAACACGGAGGGAUUCGCCUUCGUGGAGUACGAGACCCCAGCACAGGCCGCUGUCGCCGUCAAGCAGUUGCAUGCCCAGCCGCUCGACAAGAAGCACACAAUGGCUGUCAACAAGCUCACGGAUAUCGAGCGCUUCGGACGCGAGGGCAAGAUUGACGAGACAUACCGAGAGCCAGAAAUUGCGCCGUUCGAGGAGAAGGAGCACUUGCGCUGGUGGUUGGCGGACUCGGAAGGCAGAGAUCAGUUUGUGAUGUACCGUGGAGACAACGUGGGUGUAUUUUGGAAUGAGAGGGAUAGCGCGCCAGAGCAGGUGGUCGAUCGUCAGCACUGGACAGAGUCUUUCGUGCAGUGGUCGCCAAAGGGCACCUUCCUGACCUCGAUGCACGCGCAGGGUGUUCAGCUUUGGGGUGGUCAACAGUGGUCGAGGCAGAAGCGAUUCAUGCACCCUGGUGUCAACCUCGUUGACUUCUCACCGGACGAGAAGUUCAUCACAACUUGGUCUCACCGGCCCAUGGUCGUCGAGGAGGGCAACCCUAUCCUGUCGCUCGAGGAGGACGGCAAGAACUACAUCAUCUGGGAUGUCGCAACUGGCAAGCCUAUUCGUUCGUUCGUCACACUCGAUUUGCCCAGCCCUGGUCUCGACCCCGAAGGCAACCCUAUUAAGCAGAAGAUCCAAUGGCCAGCUUUCAAGUGGUCCGCGGACUCAAAAUAUGUUGCACGCAUGACUACUGGCCAGAGCAUUUCCGUCUACGAACUACCCAGCAUGAGACUUAUGGACAAGGUAAGCAUCAAGAUCGAAGGAGUCCAGGACUUUGAGUGGUGCCCAGCAACGCCCAAGCGUGUGGAACAUAAGGACUACGAGCAACUCUUUGCAUACUGGACACCUGAGCUGGGCUCCAAUCCAGCGAAGGUCGGUAUCAUGUCUGUUCCAUCAAAGGAAGUCGUUCGCACUCGAAACCUGUUCAACGUGAGUGAUGCGAAGCUCCACUGGCAAUCCGACUCAAAGUUCCUCUGCUGCAAGGUCGAUCGUCACAGCAAGUCCAAGAAGUCGCUUGCCACGAACCUCGAGAUCUUCCGUGUGCAAGAAAAGGGCGUGCCUGUCGAAGUUGUGGACGAGCUCAAGGACACUGUUAUCAACUUUGCAUGGGAGCCGAAGGGCAACCGCUUCGUGCUCAUCACUGCUGGUGAAGUGCCUGCGGGCGCUGCUGUACCUCCAAAGACAUCUGUCUCGUUCUUUGCGCCUGAAAUAGUCAAGGGUAACAAUCCUGGCAACUUCAAGCUCAUCCGCACUGUCGACAAGAAAAAUAACAAUGCCAUCCACUGGUCGCCCAAUGGCCGCUUCUGUAUUGUCGCGACCGUUCUCAACCAGCAGAGCUUCGAUCUCGACUUCUGGGAUUUCGACUUCGAAGGACCAAAAGAUGAGAAAGAGGAGAAACUCGCUGCAAACCUGCAAUUGAUGAACACGGCCGAUCACUACGGAAUCACAGAUAUCGAGUGGGAUCCCAGUGGCAGAUUUGUCGCCACCAGCGCCUCUGUCUGGAAGCACCGCAUGGAAAACGGCUAUCAUCUGUACACUUUUGCGGGCCAGACGUUACGCGAGGAGCCUAUUGAGGGAUUCAAGCAGUUCACGUGGCGUCCACGACCGAAUCGCCUUCUUAGUAAAGAGGAGAUGAAGGAGAUUCGCCAGAACCUCAAGACAUACAGCAAGAUAUUCGAAGAGCUUGAUCAAGCCAAGAAGAGCUCUGCCGACAAGGAAGUCAUCGAGAACCGCCGCCGCCAGCUCGGAGAGUGGCUCGCAUGGCGAAAGCGUACGAUGGACGAGCUGCUGGACGAGAGGCUCGAUGCCGGUCUGCCUGACAUUACGCCUGAGCAACAAGCUCUUAUUGUGGAGGACGAUGAAGGUGACAGCAAAGUUGUGGAGGAGAUCUUCGAAGAGAUUAUCGAGGAGACGGAGGAAUUCAUUGACUAGAUGGCCUGAACGACAUAGGGAUUCGUUCUUCAGCGCAGACUGGGACAGCACAGUCAUUCAUGAUCAUGCAUGUAGGAGCUCUAUUCUACGCUGUCGAUGCCGUACGUUUUGUUCGCACACCAAUUCCCGCCGACUCAAUGUCUCGUCCAUUUCAAGAUGGAGAAUAUAUCCUCUUCGCGCCUGUCCGAACUUGGGGUACUGAUCUCGAUCAACAAGCGCGUAUGCUGAGCGCUGCAAGAUACAUACCAGAAUUGCAAGCGGUCGGCUGCAUCUCCAUUCGUCAAGACACUAGAAUUGGUCAACUCACAUACGGCCGCUAGCGGGUGUUUUGGAACUUUCUCGCGUUACACAGAUCUGUCUUAAGGUCAGGUAGGUAGGUAGUCUCUUAGAUGUCUUGCCUUACAUAAUACAUAUCACCUAC